AUGGCGGAACACAUAGAGAACAACAGUACAACAUCUGCGAGACAAGUAAACGUUCUAUUCUUAUACGGAAAGCCGGGCUAUGGCAAAACUACCCUUGCGACUGCUGUAAUUGACCACUCAAGAGAAAUGGCUUUGUUGAGAAGGAAGAACCGUCCCGAUUCUCUCGCCUUCUUCUUUUUUGAUAGACAAAGCCGGUUCGACUCUUCAUAUGACGCUUUUCGGGCUCUCCUAGCCCAAUUGAUAUUCUGCCGACGGUUCGACCAAAUAGUCCUCGACAUCGCUGCAAUUGCACGGCCCGAUUACGAUACUGGGCAGCAUUUGGCCUCGAACGACGAGAUCUUCAGGAUACUCCAUCUGUUUCUUGUGCAGUUCAGCACCUGCGACCUAGUGUGUGAUGGCGUGGAUGAAUGCAAAGAUCGGGAUAACUUCUUGGCAAAAGAACUCGUUGAUAGUGAAGACUUAGUCCUUUCAAAGAACAGCUCUGUUGAUGACAUCGUGUCCAGCAUUUGCCGUCGAUCAAACGGGAUGUUCCUGUGGGCUGCACUGUUUCUCGGAUAUCUCAAGUUGCCCUCCCUCUCCAUGCUGCCAUCGCUCAAAUGGAUGACAAAGCUUUCAAUGAAGCUGACACCAUUUCCAAUUUCGAGAAAGCGAUACGCAACACAAUCUUGGUCUGCGCAUUUUCGAGAAGCCACGAAAGGAUCUUCGGAUCCGGCAUACCUUAACUAUCUUGAAGUCUUUGAAAAGCUCGGCCAGCGCACUACGCCUUUUUUGUCUGAAAAAACCCAAUUCACCUCCUGGACUGAGGCGCUAGGGCAUUUGGGCUGUCCACAAGAAGCGUGGGUGAUCGAGUCCGUUGGCUGGGAGAGUCUUCAGCACUUCUCAGCUAAAAGCCCAGUACAAAGCGCCGUUUCUCUGCUUCAUUUGGCCUUUCAAGAACACACAAAGCUUGUCGAGUACUGGAGCAAUGUUCUUAAAAAGUAUCCAGAAGAGUUGUGGCAGCCAAGCAUCUCUGCUUUCUCUGAAUCGAAGCUUCGGAAGACUUCGACUGCAGCGCGAACUUCAAGCAUACCAUCGAACAUCGCCCAUGACCAGAAUUCCGUUGUUCUGCAGACGAAAUGCUCAUUAUCCGGGCAUGCGAUCGGUGUACUGCACGCUCAGUACCGCUCAGAGUAG